AGGCUAUAUAAUUUCAUUGCUUUGUUUGCAUCCACGUUCAAAUGUAAUACUGUCUUGACUUUUGAUAUAUAUACAAAUUCAAAUGUUUGUAUCUAGUGUGUGAUAGUGUCAUGUAACAUGUCCGAACAAAUUAGACGUCAGAACUCUUUGAUAACAAAGUCUAUAGUCAAAACUCCUACUGAUUUUCGGAUAGAGUUUGGAUAAAUAGUAGGCUGGGUGGGUUUCAUCCCGUUCACACUAUACUCUACACAAAAGACAGAUCUAGAGAAUGCGUUUCUCUAUAUAUAAAGAGCCUUUCAGCUAGUGAAUAUUACCAUAUAACAAAAUUUCAUGGCUUCUUCUUACACACGUUUGCUUUUGCUUUGCCUAUCCAUCUUCCUCAUCGCUUCCACUGAGGUGAUGAUGGUGGAAGGAAGAGUUUGCCAGAGGCGAAGCAAGACAUGGACAGGGUUUUGUGGCAACACUCGCGGCUGUGACAGUCAGUGUAAGAGAUGGGAACGUGCUUCGCAUGGGGCAUGCCACGCUCAGUUCCCGGGGUUCGCAUGUUUUUGCUACUUCAACUGCUGAAGCAAGCAAAAAGUUCUCUGAAUCUUCUUCAAGUGUCACGGUGUCGUCUUCUUUUAUUCUCUUGCGAAUCAUGUACGUAGUCCCUAUGACAAAACCAUAACGUUUACCUUGGGUCCUAAUAAAAUCCCGUUUGUGCCGGGAGUUACCACUACAUAUCUAUUGUCUAGUGAAGUUGUGAUAAAAACUAUAAUAAGAGGUUGUCUCGCAGUUUUGUUUAUCUA